UAGAAGAAUGUAGAACAUUGAGUUUUACUGUGAAAAGGUCAGUCAUUGUUCGCCCUGAACAUGUCCCUCCCUUUGGUGCUAUGAUAAUUAGGGCCAGAUUUUAACCUACAGCAAUGCAAGUACAAGAACAUACUCCAUAUGAAGCCGUCUGAAUUGCUCUGUAUGAAUUUAUAGCAGUGGCAUUCUGGUAUCUCUGAUCUCAUCCAAAUAUUUAUUGUGAGAAUGUCUCCAGUUUCACAUUAUCUGCUGGUGUUCAUAUCAGUCCUGUCACUGAGCAGGGUAACAGAAGCACAGGCAGCGCCAGCGAUAUUCUAUCCAUUCGGCUCAGUGGCAGGAGACACUGUUAAUAUUACCGUUGAGGAUGAAAACUCCACGCUUAUCAACCUGUGGAGUCCUUUUGUGUUCUUCGGGCGUAUGUACAACAGGACAUAUGUUAACAAUAACGGACACCUUACAUUCAACCAGCCUUCAUCACAGUUUAUUUCUCAAUACUUUCCCAUCAAUGGAAGCGAAGACAUCAUUGCUCCCCUCUGGACCGACGUUGACGUCAGUAUAAAUGGCAUCAUCUCAUAUCAGCAAUACUCAACCGGGAGUGUUCUCACUCGUGCCACUCGAGAUAUAAACCAGUACUUCCCAGGUCUGAGCUUCACGGCUAAAUGUGUCCUUGUUGCAACUUGGGAUAGAGUUGCGUACUUUUACCACUCUGGCACAGAAACAUCGUUUCAAGUGGUUUUGAUCUCGGGCAGUGAUUUGUCUUUUAUUCUCAUGAAUUAUGGUGACUGUGCUGUGGGAUAUAAUAAUGUGCAGGCUGGUUAUGACACAAUAAACUCCACGGCCUACUUUAAGAUUCCUGGGUCAGACAAUGGGAGCUUUACUCCAAACCUCAAGAAUUCCACCAAUGUCAAUGUUCCAGGCCGAUGGGCCUUCAGGGUGGAAGGUGGACCAGAUCAAAACAAUCUACAAGAAAACAUCAUAGGAAUUCAAAUGAGAGUUACUUCAUUUUCAGACCUAAGAGAGAGUGCAAACAUUGAGACUGUUUUAGAGAAACUACAACAGGAGCUGAUCAAGUACGGGCUGCCAAACAGCGUCAAACUGAAAUUAAGAAGGGUGCAAAAGACUCAACCGUAAUAUCAGCCUCGUACAAGGAAAGAAAUUCUAACAGAGACCUGUUCAUUAAAUCUCUUACAUCAAAUAUACCCACCAUUAAAAUAAAACUUACAGGGAAGCCAGAGGAAAAAAAAAAAAAAAAAAAAAAAAACAGAUCUAACAUGGAACGUAAAUCAUUGUCAUUUGUCAUUGUCUCCAGGAAUGUCACUCUACAGGAGGGUGAACAUUCAUGUGUUCUCAAAUGCAAAUGACGUGUAGCAGGAGUUUAACCUAGAUAACCUAGAGUAUAUGAAUAUUUGAAGUAAACCUGUUCUUCCUCUAUGGCUCCAUUCACUAGAAAAUCAUAAUAUUUACUGUAAUAUCAACUUUUAUUGAUGAGAUAUUGAAGCAAGAAGCAGUUUAGUUGUUAUAUAGUGAAGCAUUUUGCUAUUUAGCUUUAGCUUUGAAUUUUCUCCUCAGAAAAGGUUGAUGUUACAUCCUGAGGUGUGUGGUAACUGUAACAGCAAAUUAUAAAUGUUUAUAAUGUGAAUAUAUGAAUAUAAAAUAUAAUGUAUAUGUUCUCACCAUGAGGAGACAGACGCUUAUUGAGAGUUAGUGAGAUACUUACGCUGUAAAGAUUGUCCAUAAAAUACUAUUCCAGUC